CGUGGCGGGGGCGGCCACCAUGGCCCUGGCAGGUGCCCUGGAGCGGGGCUGCAGGAAGGCCAUCUGCCCCAUCUGCCUGGAGUACAUGAGCGAGCCCGUCAGCGUCGACUGCGGGCACAACUUCUGCCGGGGCUGCAUCGCCAAGCACUGCCAGGAGAAGGGUCUCUGGGCUGACGGGCCCUUCUCCUGCCCGCAGUGCCGGGCCUCCUGCCACCGCAGCGGCUUCCGACCCAACAGGCAGCUGGCCAACAUCGUGGAGAGCAUCCGGCAGCUGGGGCUGCGGGGCGGCCCGGGGACGGAGCCGGAGCCGGGGACCCCGCUCUGCGCCCAGCACGAUGAGCGCCUCAAGCUCUUCUGUGAGGAGGACGAGGAGGCCAUCUGCGUGGUGUGCCGGGAGUCCCUGCACCACCGCUCGCACACCGUCUACCCCAUCGAGGAGGCUGCGCAGGUGUACAAGGUCAAACUCCAGAAAUCCCUGGAGCACCUUUCAAAGGAAGUGGAGGACAUGAAGAAGUGUGAGUCAGCAGAAAGGAUGAAAACCCAGGAGUGCAAGGAGACGGUGAAGAAAAAGCGGGAGAGGAUUGUGAGUGAGUUUGGGAAGCUGCAUCGGCUGCUGGCUGAUGAGGAGAAGCUGUUGCUCCAGAAGCUGGAGGAGGAGGAGAAGCGGAUUCUGCUGAUGAUCAAUGAAAACCUGGCCAGGCUGGUGGAGCAGAAGUCCUUGCUGGAGGAGCUGAUCCUGGAGAUAAAGGAGAAGACCCAGCAGCCGGCCGACGGGUUGCUCAAGGACAUGAAAAGCGUCCUGAGCAGGUGCGAGGGGGUAAAGUUCCAGUCCUCCAAGGCUGUGUCCGUGACCCUGAAGGAAAACUACAGCAUCCCCGAGCGCUGCCUGGGCAUGAGGGACAUGCUGAAGAAGUUUAAAGUGGACGUGACUCUGGACCCCGAGACGGCACACUCUGAGCUCACCCUGUCUGAGGACCGCAAGAGCGUGCGGCGCGGGAGCAAGAAGCUCCUUCUGUCCCUCUUCGACAACCCCAAGAGGUUCAGCACUGCUCCGGUGGUGCUGGGGAGUCAGGUCUUCUUCUCAGGCCGCUGCUACUGGGAGGUGCAGGUGGGAGACAAGCCCGAGUGGGGCUUGGGGCUGUGCAGGGAGUCUGCCAGCCGGAAAGGCAACGUCGUCUUCUCCCCAAACAACGGCUACUGGGUGCUGCGGCUGCAAAACGGGGGCAACUAUGAGGCCCUCACCUCGCCUGUCUCCCCUCUGACCCUGAGCGUGAGACCCCGGCGCAUCGGGAUCUUCCUGGACUAUGAGGCAGGAGAAAUCUCCUUUUACAAUGUGAGUGACCGCUCCCACAUUUAUACCUUCACCGACAAGUUUUCAGGGAACCUCCGGCCUCUCUUCUUCCUGGGUGCCUUUUUGGGGGGCAGAAAUACAGAGCCCUUGGUGAUCUCCUGGGUCAGGGACACGCAGGGGACCGGGUGCAUCAUCCUGUGACAGUGGCUGCCCUGGCUUCUCACCGGCGGGCAGAGACCUGGGAGCCCGACCGGCUCCUCCCGUGAGCGGGGCAGCACCGCUGUGUGCCUUGGUGAGCAUCAUGGCAGGGUCCCCGCGUGCUCCUGGCUGCUGGGGGUGACCCGCCAGGUGUGACACCCACCGCGUGCCAUGCCCAUGCUGGGAAGGGCACUUUGCAGCAGGGAUGUGCCAUAAGCUGCUGUGCUGCCAAUGGGGACAGGGGAGCCCGCUGACCACCGCUGCCCUGCUCCUCAUCUCACGGGCUGCUGGAGAAGGAUGUGCACCCAGCCUGCUGCAUAGUGCUGAUUUUGGUGUGAAUUGUGCUGGAACAAGGCAAUAAAGGGUUGAUUUGGGG